AGCCCCAUACCCCCCAUAGUCUAAAACAAGAAAACCCAAACACCCUUGGAUCAAAAUUCAAACCGUCACAGUUUAUCUCUUCGACUCCUCCCCACCAAACCUUUCAUCUCCAUCGGCAUCAAUAUCAUCUCUCCUUAUUUCAAUCUUCGUUUACAUACCCAAAUCGUCUUUUCUGUCUGCAACCUCCGUCACACUGCAAGAACUUUUGAUCAAGAAGAUGAACAGACUAAAAGCUGAGCCAAUACAUGAGGAUUUUAAAAAUAUGCGUAAGCUUGUAAGAUUUCCACAUAAAGAGGAAUGGGAUAACAGAUUAAUAACUGACGCUGAUGGUUAUCAGAUUCCAUCUAACUGGUCCAAUCAAGAGCUUGAUAUGUUACUCACACAACUUCAUUAUUCCAUUUCAACUGGGAAUAUGAGUGAGUGUUGGUCUGAAUGUGAAAUGAUAAUUGCCGGUGCAUGUUAUUUGAGGAAGCCUGGCAGAUCAUCACCCGAUGAUCGUCUCAUUUAUGCAACCAAUUUUGGUUCCGUACCUCUCGACUGGAACCCAAACUCAUCUAGAGUUGUUGAUUAUUAUAGACCUUUAAGUGCGACUGAUCGCGCCUUUGGGUUGUUUAUAUGUGGUUUUCUUUUCAAGAUUCUUUCGAAACCAUCUCAGAAUGUUGUCCAGUCUUGGAGUCAUGCAAAAGAAAGUUAUUCACACUUUUAUUCAAGUAGAGAGACUCCCAAACAUUGGCCCAAACCGCAGCUUAGUUGGCUUGACUGUUUAAAAAAUCAGUUUUGCUUGGUUAAAAGAGCUAACCAGACUGCAUUGCGAGUCGUCAACAAUUUGGAAAUGGUUUAUACUGAUGUUGGGACAGUAGAAUAUGCUUUGAUCAGAUAUCUCUUCGUUACGCCUUUAUCCUUCACUGGAAUGCAUGCAUACAAACUGUUUUGUGAUGUGAAAGAAAAGACCGGUCAGGAGACCGCGUGGCUGGUUAGGCAGUUAUGGUGUUCGGAGUUUCGCUAUGAGUUGAAGACCAUAUAUGACAUUAGCCAAAACUGGGAUUUAGGGGGACCUAACGCCAACCCUGUGUUUCGAUAUGCAAGGUUGUUAGGACCUCAAUACUUUCCUGAAAUUCAAACAAAAAGUUGUACAAACUUUGUGUAUUGCUUGGCGAGGAUCCUAAGCCGAUUUGAAUUGCCUGGGAGUAACUCAAAUCCCGAACAAAUAGCUGGAUUAGACAGAAUCAACGAUUGGAUGAAGGCCAAGAUGGAUGGAAUUGCAUCAAAUGUAUAUAUGAAAUUUGCAAGUAAUUAGGUUCAUUUACAUGAAAAAUGCUAUAGGUUGGUUUAUGAUUCCAGUGAGUGGUUGGUGUAUGAUUCCACUAAUAUAAUAUGUUUUGGUCACUUUGAAAUAAGUGUCUCAUUUAUCUUUUAAA